GGGUGAUGGCCUUCGCCUCUGACGUCCACCUGGUCGCCGAGGUCGCGCUCACGUCCGCCGGCGCGCGCCAGGCUGCAGCCGAAGCGCUGCGCCAGUUCGCGAACGAGACCGAGCCGGGGCUUUGCCGCGACCUGCAGAUGGCGAUUGGAGAGGCAGCCACGGUGUUAUAUUCCAACCCAUUGGCACGUGACCACGGCAAGAUCAUCCUGAUCACGCAGCCUCCGGACGAAGUUCCUUCAGAGAAUUUCUUCUGUCACGAGAUGAACGCCGUCGACCUCGGCUCGGCUCAGAGCGGCCGACAGGUGAUGUCGAUCCUAUACAUCACAAACGCUUCCUCAAAUACCACGUGGUACGAGACAAUGGCAUCGAAUCCCCCGGGAAAGGUUCUGAGAGUUGAAGACUCCCACGCCACGCUGCAUACGAAGAUCAAACUGCUGGAUUACCUGCACCAGCUGGACCAGGCCUCUUCUGACGGCGAGCUCUUGCAGGAAAUCCCACCAAGCAAAGAGCCCGGAUGCGUUAAAACCUUCCUCUUAGAAGACACGCUGUUGCCAGCAGAUGGCUUCCUCGUUAUCCACCGUGAAAAAGAUUCCAAUGGACGGUUUCCCUCCACAAUAGCGAAGGCGAUCAAAACCUUUUGCUCGGCCAGCCGGAGCUCCUUGACACAGCUGAUCUGUUCUCGGUUUUGUUUACUAUUCCAGGACCUUGGAAUUUAACACUAGGGAACACGGACUGCACGAGUGUGAUCCC